AUGCAGCAAGACGGGCCCCCACGCAACAAGAUAUCAAAGUGGUGGUGCAUCGGUUUCUUUAUCGCUGCUAUUGUCUUUUUCAUCAUCGGUGGCGCCCUGGUCGGCUCCUAUCUUUCGGCAGGUUACUCGACUUGCAAAACUAAAUCCAACUAUGACGACUACACCUACGACUACACCUGCUUCGAUGGCAAUAACAGCGAGUACUACGGCGGGGUUGCCAUGUUCGUCCUCGGUAGUAUCUCCAAGUUUGUUGCCUGGGUGCUCCUGAUCAUCUACUGUGUGCAGCGCCGUCGCCGAAGCUGGUGA